AUUGUGAUCAUCCAACUGCAAAGAAUGAUCGAGUUUCAAAAUUUCGUAACGGAAUUUUGUGCUCUGCGAGAGCGCGUGUCGAACUUGUAUGACAGCACUAAUUGGCAGACAACGGAGGUGUUUGAUAUUGUCAUAGAAAAGAGCGGGCAGGAUAUAUUAGACCGAGGUGACAGGCUGAUCGUUGCAUGCCGUGAAUAUGCAAAAGCCCUUUUGGCGACGCCUUACACUCCGUACCUUCACGCACAGUGUAGAUCGUUGCUUCGAAAUCAUGAACAUGAAUGGCAAAUUUUUCGUACCGAAUUCUAUUCAACCCUUAAUCAGUUGCGAACAUGCCGUCCAAUCGUGGAUUCUGCAAGAAAACGCUACGAGAAAUUAAUACGCGAUGCGGCAGACUGUAGAGCUCGCAAAGACCUGCUUCUGAGCAGCCACUCUCAAACACAUUCCUUCGUACAGCCAGUUUGCGAGAAGAUGCGACGCAGUUUCGAAAAGAAGGUCCGCUUAGCGGCCGCUUUCAUACAGUACAUGGACGUAAAGGAAAGAGUCGCUGACCAGUUAACUUCGCUGCCGGCAGAUUCGUCGUCGAAGAUAUUCGAGACUUGGCAGGCGGAGGUGAAUCGAAUUCCCAUUUCCUGCCUGCAGCGAAACUUUAACCGUCAGAUCGAGGAGGUUUUGUGUAUGGCGAUGACUCGCCUGCCGGAUGCCACUCGACCGCAGAGCGUGGAGGCAGAAUGCAAUCGAUUACGCGACCAUACACCAUCUGCGCCAUCGAUGAGACGUCUGGUGAUUGACGACGUCGAAGAUAUUUGCAGGGAAUUUUGCAUCUCCGAUUUCCCGGUUUGUGACUGUCGUUGUCCGUGUGACGAUGGAGCAAUUCCAACCGUCGAUUCGCUGGCCAGUGCGAACGCUGAUAUGUUGCAUAUUUUGGAUGCUGUAUUGGAGUUAUUCGACUAUAUAUUACUGUGCGUCGAGAGGGCGACGAAAAUUGCCCUGCAUGUGUCGAAUGCUCUUCCCAUUGUUGUGCAGGAAUUCGCUGAACUUGACGAACAACACUUGAAGAAAGCCGUGAUCGACUUUGACAGGGCUGUGGCUCCCAGUGGAUUCCUUAGUGUGCUGAUCACGUCACUGCGCGAUUCACCCGACGAUGUGCAACGUCAGUGGAAGCCGGUGCUCUAUGGUCUAGAACGAGCCGUUAACGAAAAUCGACGUAUCUGUGAUGAACGAUUGGAC